AUGAUGAUGUCAAGAGCAUUGCGCUUCGAACGCACUCCCUCACCCAGCCCUACCUCGAUUCCGAUAUGGCAAGUCGGUGGUAUGACUUUGGCGGAGACACCAUCGUCCGGACGGACUCGUAUGUGGCAUCCUUUCCAUCGCACAUUCGUCGGAAAAUUGUAUGAAAGAGAGGCUAAACAAGGGGGACAUCGCAGCUAUAUCCGUUUAACCUCAGACCGCCCGUCGCAAACCGGUUGGCUCUUCUCGAGAGUUCCCCUGACUGCGACAAACUGGGAAAUCGAAGUCGAGUUUAAGAUCCACGGCAAGAACCAGCUCUAUGGCGACGGUUUCGCCAUGUGGGUGACCAAGUCUCGCGCCGCCCAGGGUACUGUCUUUGGCGCUCCCGACAACUUUGAAGGUCUUGGUAUCUUCUUCGACACUUACAAGAACAACCGCCCCGGCACCGUCUUCCCCUAUGUCAUGGCCAUGGUCGGCGACGGCAAGACCCCCUACGAUAAGGACAACGACGGCAAGGGCACUGAGCUCGCAGGCUGCUCGGCGCGUGGUAUCCGCCAUGCCAGCGUCCCUACCAAGGCCAGAGUUACCUACUUCCAGGACAAGCAGCUUAAGCUUGAGCUGCAGUACAAGUCCGAGGACGACUGGACCCUGUGCUUCGAUACGGACCAGCCGCCUGCCAUCCCUCAGAUCGCGUACCUCGGUUUCACCGCUGAGACUGGUGAGCUGAGCGACAACCACGACAUUAUCUCUGUACAAGCCAAGAACCUGUACACGACCCAGGCCACCAAGGGAUCUAGCAAGCAGACGACCCCUGGCAGCGGCAAGGGCAGGAAGGGUACCGGCUCCGUUAAGCAGCCCAAGGAGGGUGGCAGCUGGACAUGGUUCUUCCUCAAGAUCUUCCUCUUCUUCGGUCUUAUUGGUGGCGGUUAUGUCGGUUACACUGCCUGGAGGGCGAAGAACGACAAGAGACACCGUUUCUAA